AUGCUCGGGGCCCCGGGAGAGCCCGGGCUGGGCAGAUUUCCUUAUCCGGGGAUCGCAGGGCACCUCGCCAUUGGCCCGCGCUGUCACAUGGACUCCAACUUUGUUCACUUGACAAAAUUAAUGGCCAUGAGCUCGUUUUUGAUCAACUCCAACUAUGUGGACCCCAAGUUCCCACCCUGUGAAGAGUAUUCCCACAGCGAUUACCUUCCCAAUCACUCGCCGGAAUAUUACAGCAGCCAGAGGCGAGAGAGCACUUUCCAACAUGAAGCGAUGUACCAGCCGCGGUCAGCCUGCAAGGAGCAGCUCUACUCGUCCUGUCAGAGCUCCGGCCACCAAGCAGCGGUGUUAUCCCCCCGGGGUCAUGUCCAUCCUCCGGCCGGACUGCAGAGCCACCUCUCUGAGCCAAACCAUCCCUGCGAGCCGGUCACCCCCAGCCCACCACCCUCCUGCAGCCAAAACUCUCUGAACCAAAGCCCUUCCAAUUCCUCUUGCAAAGAGCCGGUAGUUUACCCCUGGAUGAAAAAAGUCCAUGUAAGCACGGUAAACCCCAAUUACUCAGGAGGGGAACCGAAACGCUCCCGCACAGCCUACACCAGGCAGCAAGUCCUGGAGCUGGAGAAGGAAUUUCACUAUAACCGCUAUCUCACCCGGAGGCGCAGGGUCGAGAUCGCCCACUCCCUCUGCCUCUCCGAGCGCCAGAUCAAAAUCUGGUUCCAGAACAGGAGGAUGAAAUGGAAAAAAGAUCACAAGUUACCAAAUACCAAGAUCAGGUCUAAUUCUUCCAGCUCCUCUGCCAGCCUGCAGAUCCCACAAGGAGGAUCUCAAAACCGAUCCCAUGGACCAGCCACCAGCCUAUAACUAUUCCUUGGAUGGAUGGAGUGUGCGUGUUUGUGGGUGUGAGUUUGUGUGUGUGUAGGGAACACAUGAUGGUUUUGUUUUUGUUUUUUUUUUUUAAAUGCUCCAAGAAGCGAGGGAAGGAGGGGUGCUCUUUAUUUAUAGAGGGAACAGAGGGAGACUCAGCUGCAACAAAGCAGAGCUGUGCUGUUGUGCCUCUCCUCCAUUAAAAGAAGGCUGUAGAUAGUAGUUUUCAGAUUUGGCUAAGAUGGAUCCUUGUUUCAUCUUUAAUCACGCCAAGCUCUGCCCCAUUUGUCAUGUUUACUCUCCCGUACAAAGGAUGGACCUUAUGUCUGCUAUUACCUCGACAACCAGCGCUCACUUUAAUAAAUGAGGCUCAGUUUC